AUGAGUUGCAGAACCUUUUACCAUUAACUUUUUGCACCAUGGAUUCUGAAAUACUCCUUAUCUUUUCCUUUCUCCUCUGCAUGAUUGUGGCACUGAAACUAGCGAGAAACCUCAACAAAAAAGGAAAGUCAUCAUCACUAAACAUACCCCCUGGACCAUGGAAGCUUCCUGUUAUAGGAAACUUGCACCAUCUUGUUUCAUCCACACCACACCGAAAACUAAGAGACUUAGCCAAAAUAUACGGACCCAUGAUGCAUCUCCAGCUAGGAGAGAUCUUCAUAAUCGUUGUUUCCUCAGCAGAGUAUGCGAAAGAGAUCAUGAAAACACAUGAUGCAACCUUUGCAUCGAGACCUAAACUUCUGGCAGCAGAUAUAGCCUCUUAUGGAUACACAAACAUUGCUUUUGCACCGUACGGAAGUUACUGGAAAAAGGUACGAAGAAUCUGCACCAUGGAGCUUCUGUCCCCGAAACGUGUCAGUUCAUUCCAACCGAUCAGAGAAGAAGAACUCACCAAUCUGGUUCAAAUUAUUAGUUCACAUGUUGGAGGGUCCCCCAUCAACCUCACUAAAGAAGUGUCCUCAUCAAUGUAUAACAUCAUUUCAAGAGCUGCUCUGGGGCAGAAGCGCACCAAAGACAACGAUGAGUUCAUGUCGAUAGUCCAACAAGGAGUGCUUGGUGCAGGAGGUUUUGACAUAGGAGAGUUGUUUCCUUCUGCUACAUGGCUUCAACAUCUCACUGGUUUGAGGCCUAUGCUUGAGAAGGUGCAUCAACAAAUGGAUCGGAUACUGGAAGCCAUCAUCAACGAACACAGAGAAGCAAGAUCCAAAGCCCAACAUGGCCAUGAAUCAGUCGAAGAUUUGGUAGAUGUUCUCCUAAACUUCCAUGAUGCUAGUGAUAGUAACCAUGAAGUUGGCUUAACCAUUGACAAUAUCAAAGCAGUAAUCAUGGACAUUUUUGUAGCUGGAGUUGAUCCUGUGGCAACUACCAUAAACUGGGCAAUGGCAGAGAUGAUGAAGAAUCCAAGAGUGAUGAAGAAAGCACAAGAUGAAGUGAGAGAGGUGUUCAAAGAAAAGGGAAGGGUUGAUGAGAUUUGCAUGAAUGAACUACAAUACUUGAAAUUUGUCAUGAAAGAAACCCUAAGGUUACACCCACCAGGAGUUCUUCUGGUUCCAAGAGAAUGUGCAGAGACAUGUGAGAUUGAUGGGUAUGAGAUACCAGAAAAAACUAAGGUAUUGAUAAAUGCUUGGGCAAUUGGAAGAGACCCAAAGUACUGGAGUGAAGCAGAGAGGUUUUAUCCAGAGAGAUUCAUUGGCAGCUCCAUUGAUCUUAAAGGGAAUCAUUUUGAGUUCAUUCCCUUUGGUGCUGGAAGAAGAAUCUGUCCUGGCAUUUCCUUUGGCUUGCCAACUGUUGAAGUCACUCUUGCUGUUUUGUUGUUUCACUUUGAUUGGAAGCUUCCUAAUGGAAUCAAAAGUGAAGCCUUUGACAUGACUGAGACAUUUGGAGUCACUGUUGGAUUAAAGAAUGACAUUUCCUUGAUACCUCUCCCUGCUGGAUAGUACUGUUCACGGUGAAUUGCGAGGACUGAUUUGUGAAGAAACUGAUGUUUGGUUGGGAUAAUUUGCGCGGAGGGAAAAGCGAGGAUUUGCGAGAUGGCUGAAAUGAUCGAAAGAUUGAGGCCGAAUGGUUGAAACCUGUGAGGUUGGAUGGUUGGAUAGUUGGGGUCGAAUGGCCGGAUGCCACGUUUGGCUAAGUCUUUGUGAGGUCGGAUGACCGAGUAGUUAGGGUCGAAUGACUGAAAGGUUGAGGCCGAAUGACUGAAACCUAUGAGGCCGAACGACCGAGACGUUGAGGCUAAAUGGUUGGACAGUUGGGCGAAAUGACUGGGAGGUUGAGGCCGAAUGGGCGAAGCUUGUGAGGCCGAACGACCGAGACGUUGAGGUCGCGUGGCCGAAUGCAGGAUUCCGAAUUCGCUAAGUCCUUGUGAGGUCGGAUGACCAAGUAGUUGGGACUAGAUGACCGGACACUUGGGGCAAAAUGGCUGAAAGGUUGAGGUCGCGUGCUCGAAUGUUGGAUGCCAAAUUUGGCUAAGUCCCUAUGAAACCGGAUGGCCAAGAAGUUGGGGCCAGAUAUCCGGAUAGUUGGGGCCGAAUAACCGAAAGGUUGAGGCCGAAUGGCUGAAACCUGUGAGGCCGGAUGGCCGGACAACUAGGGUCGAAUGACCGAAUGCUGAAUGCCAAGUUUGGUUAAGUCUCUGUGAGAUCGGAUGACCGAAGCACUUAGGACCUAAUAACCGAAAGGUUGAGGCCGAAUGACUGAAACCUGUAAGGCCGGAUGACCGAGUUGUUGAGGCCGGAUGGCCGGACAGUUCUGGCCAAAUGGCGGGAUGCUGGAUGCAAGUUUGGUUAAGUCUCUGUGAGGCCGGAUGAUCGAGCAAUUAGGGUCGAAUGGCCGAAAUGUUGAGGCCGAAUGGAUGAAACCUGUCAAGCCGAACGACUGAGACGUUGAGGCUGGAGAGCCGGACAGCUAGGGCCGAAUGGCCAGAUGCUGGAUGCCAAGUUUGGCUAAGUCUCUGUGAGGUCGGAUGGUCGAGCAGUUGGGACCGAAUGGCCGAAAGGUUGAGGCCAAAUUGCUGAAACCUGUGACACCCAAUGACCGAGACAUUGAGGCUAGAUGACCGAACAGUUAGGACCAAAUGGUUGGAAGGUUGUGACCGAUUGGAUGAAGCUCGUGAGGCCGAACGACCAAGACGUUGGUUCCGCAUGGUUGAAUGCUGGAUGCCAAAUUUGGCUAAGUCCCUGUGAGGCCGGAUGACCGAGCAAUUGGGGCCGAAUGGUCGGACAGUUGUGGACGAAUGGUCGAAAGGUUGAGGCCGAAUGGUUGAAACCCGUGAUGCUAGAUGGCCGGACAGUUGGGGGCGAAUGGCCAGAUGUUGGAUGCCAAGUUUGGUUAAGUCUCUGUGAGGUUGGAUGACCGAGCAAUUGGGGCUGAAUAACCGAAAGGUUGAGGCCGAAUGACUGAAACUUAUAAGGUCGGAAGACGGAGUAGUUGGGGCUGAAUAGCCGAAUGUUUGAGGCCGAAUGGCUAAAACCUGUGAGGCCGAAAUGACCGAGAUGUUGAGGUCCGAUGGUCGGACAGUUGGGGCCAAAUGGCCGGAUGCUGGAUGCCAAGUUUGGCUAAGUCUUUGUGAGGUCUGAUGGGCAAGCAGUUGGAGCCGAAUGACUGAAAGGUUGAGGCCGAAUGGUUGAAACCUGUGAGGCUGAACGGUCGAGACGUUGAGGCCGAAUGACCGGACAGUUGGGGUCGGAUGCUGGAUGCUUGAUGCCCAGUUUGGCUAAGUCUUUAUGAUGUCGAAUGACUGAGCAGUUGGGACCGAAUGGCUGAAACCUGUGAGGCCGAACGACCGAGACGUUGGGGCCAAAUGCUUGAGGUCAAUGUAAGGCCAAACGGUUGAAGCCACGAGAUCGUCGUUCACCGCUCGUCCAAGUUGACUUGUUCCUUGAGAAACUUGUCGUUCAUCAGCUUGGGCUUUGUCUAGAAUCGGGCGACAGUGGUUCUGUAAUGAACUCGUCGUUUACCGCCCGGCCAAGUUGACAGUGGUUCCUUGUGGAACUCGCCAUUCAUCAACUUGGGCUUUGUCUAGAAUCAGGCUACAACGAUUCUUUAAUGAACUCACUGUUCACCGCUCGACCAAGUUGAUAGUGGCUCCUUGAGGAACUCGUCGCUCAUCAACUUGGGCUUUAUCUAGAGUCGGGCGGCAAUGAUUCUUUAUGAACUUGCCGUUCACCACCCAGUUAAGUUGGUAGUUCACUAAAGAACUCGCUCCUUUGGCUCCGGACGAUAAUGGUUCUUUAUGAACUCGCCGAUCUUCGCCCAGUUAAGUUGACAGUUCACUAAAAAACUCGCUCCUUUGGCUCCUGGUGGAAGUGGUUCUUUAUGAACUCGUUGUUCACCGCCCGGUUAAGUUGGCAGUUCACUAAAGAACUCACUCCUUUGGUUCCAAGCGGUAGUGGUUCUUUAUGAACUCGUCGUUCAUCGCCCGGUUAAGUUGAUGGUUCACUAAAGAACUCGCUCUUGUGAGGCUGUGGACGGUCGAGCAGUUGAGGCCAUGGAUGGCCGAGUAGUUGAGGCCGAAGGGUUGAAUGUUUGAUUCCAAAUUUUAGCUAAGUACCUGUGAGGCCAUGGAUGACUAAGAAGUUGAGGCCGAAGGAUCGAAUGUUUGAUUCCAAAUUAUGCUAAGUCCCUCUAAGGUUGGAGGGCCAAGCAAUUGGGGCCGAAUGGCCGAACAGUUGAGGUCGAAGGGCCGAAUAUUUGAUGCCAAAUUUGGUUGUACGUAAGGCCAUAGACGAUCGAGCAAUUGGGGCUGGACGAUUACGGUCAUGGGAGACCAUGGAGUUGAGGUCAAGUUAAGGUCCGACGAUUAGGGCCAUGGUCGGCCUUGAAGUUGAGGCCUAAGAUAAGGCUGGACGAAUGCGACCGUGGACGACCGUGAAAUCGAAUCCAAGUGUAAAAUCACUUAAUGGAGAGAGUUUCUUCAAUCCAUAUCAAUAUGUAGGGGCCGGGUCGAUAGAAUGAUGCAGAGACUAUGUCCUUGUCUGGUUCCUCGUGGAUCACAGGGGAUGUUGCUCUGCCCCACAGUGGGUGCCAAAAUGUUUUGGAUGUAGGGUUGACGUCCUGUACUCAAAACACGCAAGAUUGUGUGGAUGGCUGGACGGACCUUGAAGACUGGGCAGACCUUGCAAACCGGACAAACUAAGCAUUAUUGAAGAUCGAACAGGCGGGGCUCAGGGCGGACAAACACUGCUCCAUGCACUAGGUUGAAGACUGAUCGGACGUUUCUCUGUGCACUCCAGGUGGUCGUCCUCCUCCUUCUCCAAGCUGGGCGGGCGGGCACCUGUCAAAGGCACUCUGACGCUCAAGUUAGUAAUGUAAUCGAGCAGUAAGUAGUGCAUAUAUAUAGUGCAUCAUGUGUAGUCUGUUCUCGAAAUCAUACCUGGAAUUUUUAUUUAUACUGAUUGUAAUGGGCUUUUACCUUUUGUCAGUGCAAUCACGCCUUAAUCUUCAUUAGGGGCUUUAGUGAGCUAUUAUUGUUUAUAACUCAACCUUGUAGUCGGCCCGCUGGAUGGUCUGAUGGUCGGUCGGCUCAGAUGGUCAGCCUAUGUAGUCGUCUUGGACGGCCGACCUGAUCGUGUGCAGGAGGUUGUAUGGUACACUGGGAUCGUACGGUACAAUAACCUACAAACUUGUUACCCAUUCUUGGAUUAUGUUUGUACCCUUUGUUUGUGCAUGUCAUUGAGUUUUUGUAGUAGAUGUAUAUAUGAUAAUGAUGAUGUGUGAGUAAGGUUUCAAGUGAUGAGAAUAUUGAGCAUGUUCCAACUUUA